CAUGCGCAAUAGGGUAAGACGCGUUCGCACAGAAAUUUUUGAUUGGUUUCCAACCAACAGUAAGCUGUUCACACAGAAAAUUCUGAUUGUUGGCUGACAGUCAGACCAGUUCGCGGAUCUUUUGCAAGUAAAGUGUCCGGCGCAUGCGUAUUGCAACUCGACGUCAUUGCUUCAUUGCUUGGUAAACUUAACCUACAAAACGUGUGUUGUUUUUGUUUAGUGUUUUUUUUCUUCAAAAAAUAAAGAACAGAAAUGAGCGAUUUUGAAUCUUCCGAAGAAUCUGAGGCGUCCGAAUUUUCGGAUACAGACACAGACCUAGAAGAGCUGAUAGACCUGAUGGAGGAACGGGUCAGGCCCAAGAAUCAAAAUUACUUGGAUGAAACGGUGCCCCAGUUCAACAGAACUGAAUUCCUGGAACAUUUUAGAGUUAGCCGUGAAGUAGCAAACGAUAUUUCUCAAAGAUUUGCAAAUAGUGAAUACUAUAAGGAACAGUCAGGACCAUAUGGAAAAUUAACCUCAUUACAGUACACUUAUAUAUUUUUAUGGUAUGCAGGGCAUCAAACCGCUAGCUUCCGUGAUGUAGCUGACAGAUUUAAUGUGACUAUCAGUGUUCUACAUAAAAUUAUCAAAAGAAUGAUAUAUUUCUUAAGUAACCUUUCACCUGAGGUUAUAAAAUGGCCAAAUGAUGUGGAGAAGCAGGAAAUAGAACAGUAUUUUCGCCAUAAAAAUACGUUUCCCGGAAUUAUUGGGCUAAUUGACGGAACCCACAUUAAAAUAGAUAAACCCCAGGAUGAUCCUGACUCCUAUAUUAAUCGAAAGGGCUUUUACUCUGUUCAGGUGCAACUGGUAUGUGACCAUAAUCUUCGCAUUACUGACAUAUUCACAGGGUAUCCAGGAUCCGUACAUGAUGCCCGAGUGUUCAGAACAUCUCCAUUAAGUGAGACAUUGGAAGAAAAAUGUGGAGAAUUUCACUUGCUAGGAGACAGUGCUUAUCCAUUAUUAAAAAAUGUGUUAACACCCUUUCCAGAUAGAGGCCUGUUAAAUAGACAACAAAUUAAUUACAAUAUACAACAUUCCAGCAACAGAGUAAAGAUUGAGCACUGUAAUGGGGUAUUAAAGCAAAAAUGGCGUCAGCUGUAUCAUUUGAAAUUAAGGGAUAUUAGGCUCAUCGUUAACUUCAUUAGAGCAUGUUGUGUUCUUCACAAUUUAGGGUUGCAAGAUGGUGUUGCACUAGAUUUAGAAGAAAAUGUAGAACCAGUUGAACCUGCUCCACGUCUAGACCCCGAUAAUAUAGAACAGGGCAUUCAGGAAGAUUUAAAUGCUGUAGCAAAACGAAAUCACAUUGUAAACAUCCUUGGACAAUAAAUGCAUAAUAAUUUUUUGGGACUUGCCCAAUACCAAGGGACAUUGUUUAAAGUCUGCCAAAUUAUCUGUCACUUCUUGUGUAAGCCAUACAAAUUGUACGCUACAUAUUAGAUUUUUUUAGUGUUUACUUAAAUAAAACUAAAAUUUCGCAUUUUUUUUUGUUUUAGAAGUUAUAUAAAAUGACAGGCUUUUCAAGAGCCGUUUAUAACUAUUGAAAUGUGCAAAUGUGGUUUUUGAAAUAAUUUUUAACAAAAUAAUUGUGCUAUCAAGAUGCUAUCUUCAGUUACAAAAUCACAAGAAUCACAUUUAUAAAUGAAUUUCUUGCUUCCUUAAACAUUAAAUCUGCUUUUAUUGCACAUGAAAGUUGUGUGUAAGCAUUCCUUCAUCCAAAAACAUUCAUUGCUUUCAGGGGAAGUGAAAUUCAUAUAAAAAUGUCCCCUUACUGUGAUGUUCUAACAAAUUUAGCAUAGAAAAUAUAGCUUCUUUUACAUAUAUUUUAAACACCACACAUUUGCUCUGAUUCUGGUAUUUUUUAAGCUAAAAAUAGCCUUGCUUUUUCUGUGACACUGUAUAGUUUUGAAAUGUGCAUUAACAAUUUUUAUAAAAAAUCAAUAAUAUGUGAAUACAUUUUUUAUAUUUUAUUUUAACAACAAAAUAUACAUUAUACCCUGCAGCAACAGUCUUAUAGUUUCCUUAGCCUACACAAAUGAAAACAAUUAUAAACAAAAACUACAUUCUUUGGUAAAUACUCCUAAAUAACUUGGAAAAUAAAAAAAAUAAGAAUAAGAAAAUUAAAAAUAACUUGGAAAACAAACUAUAUAGAUUCCUGGGAACACAAAACACAUUUUUUCUUUUUUAAAAUUUCAUUUCUUUCCCCCAGUAGUGUAUUCUUUUCUUCCAUAAGCUUAACCUUAGCCUUUAGAAUAUCAACUUUUUCCCUCUCUAUCAACAAUCGAGCCUCAUAAUAUUCCUUUUUGUCCCGUCUCAUGUGAACUAAUGUUACAUUUCUAUUAAGCAAUGGGGUCCUUUUCUCUUUUGAUCUAUCUUCUUGUACUUGUAAUGUAGUGGCUUUUCUUGGAGUUUCUGGGAAUUUUAGGGACUCCUCUGAUUGAUUGUCAGGCAUUUUCUGCACAGAUUCGCUUGAGAGUAGAACAACCGGAUUUACAUUUUUCUUUCCUUUAAAGAUUGCAUCCAUUUCUUCUAAAUAUUCAAAAUAUUUCUUUCCCUGGCCUGUUUUAUUUUGAUUGUCCACGUAUCGUUUGUAUGCUCUUUCUAAAACUCUCCAUCUAUUUUCUACAUGACCAGCUGUAACGUUGGUUCUAAGCAAUCCAUUUAAUUCUUUUGCUAGAAUUUCCCACAAUUUUUUGAAAUUUUUUAUUUGUGCAGUACCAACCCUCACUCUAUAUUUUUGGUACAAAUCUAAAAGUACUUUGGUUUGAUUUGUGGACCAAGUAAUUGGAGCUGGAGAUGUAUCACUUAGUUCCUGGUUUGUUGAUGCCUCAGUUGCCUUUGCCGGUGGUACAAAUACAAGAAACUCUGAGAGUCCUGAAAGAAAUAAAAAACAAUAAUUAUCUAUCCAUAUUAUUCCCAAUACGAAAUGUGGUGCUAAUAUAAAACUACAUACUCAGUCAACAAUAGAAGGGUUUUUAGUAUUCAAGAUUAAACACAAAUAGUAAAAGUUUACUUAAGUGACACCUUGUAUUUUCAAAGAAUUCCUUUUUAGGGGUUUUAUAUUAGCCAAAUGCAGCAAGAAUCCGCGUACGCCGGUAAUUGCCUCUCAAUUUUUGUUGAAAUUUGUUCAAAAAACCCUGUUUUCUUUUUUGAAAUAUAAAGAAGGGGGCAUUUCUACAUGCCAGUUAUGUUAUUUAGAAAUGCCUCUACUUUAUAUUUCACAAAAAACGCAUUUAAAAAUAAAACUACCGGAGCAAUCAGAUUCUUGCUGCAUUUGUCCUAUAUUAACCCCCUGAAAAUGAAUUUUACGAAAAUCUCUUAAAAUAUGGGGUAUCACUAAAGUGAACUUUUACCACACGAACUGCCGAUGGAACUACACAUUAAAAUACGAAAUUUUAAACCUACCUGAUUCACAGCUUCUAGUAUCCAUAAUUAUACAGCACAGCGGUGACGGUGGUUUUAUUAAUUUUCUAGGAACAAUAUCAAACAAUAUUUUUUGACUCAAGUACUAAUUACUAAAAAACAAAAGUAAAGCGAGGUUAAGGAUUGUUCUUCUGUUGAAAAGCGAUGUUAAUUCCCUGUUCGUUUCUUCUUUAUUCGGUAUUACGUAGGAGUUAAAAUUAGUGGCAGUUAGUGGUAUUAGAUCAAAAAA